AUGGAAUAUAGACAACCAUGCAAAGAGUGUAUUAAGGAAGAAAAAUUUUGGACCACAGAAAAUAUAAGAAUUAAAGAAAUCUUGAAAGUAGGAGAAAAUCAACAAGAAGAUAAAAUAGAAAAUGAGGAUGAAAUGAUUAUCGAUAUAGAAACUGAGGAAGAAAGAGAGAAUAAAGAAUUAAGAAAUCAAAUGAAAGAAGAAAAGGAAGAGACAGAAAGAUUAAUCAACAUUAAAUUAAAUGAAAAUGUGAAUUUGGCACAAAGAGUAAUGGAAGUAGGAAUGGAAAAUGAAAAAUUGAAUAGGAAAAUUGAAGAGUAUGAAAUGGUAGAAAAAGUAAUUUGUGAUAAAAAUGAAUCAAUUUUUCAUUGUGAAAAUUGCAAAGAGGAAGGGACAAAUUAUAUAUAUUACCCACAAAGUAGUAUAAAUAUGUAUAAAACUUUAUAUCUUGCAGAACAAGAAAUAAGUAAGAAAAGAGUGGAGGAGCUUAAAGAAUUUAAUAAUUUAUUUAAUAGUUACCAAACUCUUGAAAUGGAAAAGAAGGAUGAAAUAAUAUUUAGGGAGCAACAAACCAUUGAAGAAAUAUUGUCAGAAUUUAAUACAGUUAUUAAUUAUGAAAGAACAAAAAAUAAUAACUGA